UUAUUCACAUGGACAUUGUUUAUUUCUUGUUUUCAAUCGUGACAAUAAGUUCUCUUUUAACAAAGUGAUCAGUUAACGUCAGCAAAUUCAUUUAAUUACAUACUUUUUGCGGUCGUGCUUCAAAUCUAAUUUUGGGAACUAAUUUUAUAACGAUUAGCUGACAAAAUGAGCGAUGAAUUGACUAAGGAGCAAACUGCUUUAUUACGAAAUGCAUUUAAUGCUUUUGAUCCAGAAAAAAAUGGGUACAUUAAUACUGCCAUGGUUGGUACGAUUCUUAGCAUGCUGGGCCAUCAACUUGAUGAUGCUACUCUUGCUGAUAUUAUCGCUGAAGUCGAUGAAGAUGGAUCUGGGCAAAUCGAAUUUGAAGAAUUCACAACACUGGCCGCACGCUUUCUUGUUGAAGAGGACGCCGAAGCAAUGAUGGCUGAAUUAAAAGAAGCUUUCCGACUUUACGAUAAAGAAGGAAAUGGCUACAUUACUACCGGAGUUCUUCGUGAAAUUUUGCGGGAACUAGAUGAUAAAUUGACAAAUGACGAUCUGGAUAUGAUGAUUGAGGAAAUUGAUUCUGAUGGAUCAGGAACCGUUGAUUUUGAUGAAUUUAUGGAAGUAAUGACUGGUGGAGAUGAUUAAAUGCAAUAUUAAAAAAAUACAUUGCAAAAUUCAUUUAAAAAAAAAAAGAAUUUUCUUUUCAAUUAAAAUUAAAAUUUGGUAUUAACAAAGAAAUAAUUAAAAACCCCUGUAUUAUUGUGUAUUCUAGAAUUAUUAAUCUUAUUUGAAAUUAUUAUAAAAAGCGAAGACAAACAUAAAA